AUGGAAGAGGACAGGACGAAACUGCAGGCUUUGUCCGAAGCUCUGCAGAAGUAUCAAGACGAUCUUCAGACUGCAAUCGAAGCCCGCCAGAAACUCGAAGCGCAGCAACAGGAAAACCAGGCCGUACAGAAGGAGUUUGUCUCGCUCGCCGACGAUGCAGGCAUCUUCAAGCUUGUCGGCCCUGUGUUGCUGAAACAGGACAAGACCGAAGCUUUGAGCGCCGUCCAAGGUCGACUGGAGUUCAUCGGCAAAGAAAUCUCCAGAAUAGAAGCGAAGAUCCAAGAGCUGCAGGAAGGUAGUGAGAAGAAGAGGGUGGAUCUGAUGCAACUGCAGCAGAAAUUGCAGAUCGCGGCGCAAGAGCAAGGUGGUGGUUGA